AUGGUAGCAACACAGUUAGAUGCUACUAUGGGUAUGGGUGAAUCUUAUAAUAAAAAUUCCAAAGUGCAACUUAGUACCAUUGAUCUAUCGAUUCCAUCUGUUCGAAAAGCAAUUGAUGCACUUGAUGUUGAUUGCUUAUCUUCAGACCCAUUCAUUAUUGCCGAUUUUGGCUGUGCUCAAGGCCUCAAUUCUCUUCACAUAAUGAAAAUAAUCAUUAAUUAUCUCCAGCAAACGAACAAAAACAUACGGGAAUUAUUAGUCGUUCAUAACGAUCUUCCAACAAAUGACUGGACGUCGAUUUUGAAACUUCUUGCCGAUGAUAAUUCGUACAAGAGCGUUAUUAGUGAUCGUUCUUUUUAUGAACAAUGUCUUCCUAAUAAUUCUCUCUCGAUUGGUUAUACAUCAACUUCGAUUCAUUGGCUUUCAAAAAUGCCAUGUAAUCUCUCCAAUCAUUGCCUAUGCUUUUUUGCUGUUGGUGAUGAACUGGCUGCAUUUCAGGAUCAAUCUCGUCUCGAUUACAUUCAAUUUCUAGAGCACCGCUCGCAUGAACUACGUCCAGGUGGUGUUCUCAUUCUUGCGAAUGUUUGUCUUGAUAAUCAAGGAAAAAGUGGACUCGAAAAUGUAAUAGAUUUACUUUACAAAUGUGCUCAACAAGCCUCUUUUACAGAGCAAGAAUUACUCGAUUAUACAAUUCCAUUUUAUGCUCGAUCGUACAAAGAAUUUGUCGAUGAAGAACUUUUUACCCGAUAUUCCCUCGAAGUAGUUCAGUCAGAGUGUGUUCCCGCUUUCUGGUUCACACAAUGGCGAGAACGACAAAUGACAUUAGAUGAGUUUGCUCGUUUGAUUGUAUCGUACUUUCGUGCUUGGUCAGAGCCGACUAUUCAACAAACACUAAUAAGAAGUGGCCGAGCAAAAGAAGAUAUUGCAGAAAUUCUGAAUCAACUUUGGAACUUGUGCGAGCAAGAAAUAAAACAACAACCGGAUCACCUUCCUAGUUUGGUUCAUCACGCUUUUAUUAUUUUAAAAAAGAAACUAGCAGUUGUUCAAGAAUAA